AGAAACUGGACAACACAAAUGCUCAUCCAUUCAUAAAUGGCCACAGCUGAAGCUAACAUUAUUCUCCAAGCCAACACACAAAGCACCGUAGAGCCAGUGCGUCCUUUGGUCAACUUUCCUCCUUCUAUUUGGGGUGAUCGCUUCUUAUCAUUCUCCCUUGACAAUGCGCAAUUGGAAGCACAUGGUAAAGCUAUGGAUCAGCUAAAAGAACAAGUGAGAGGAUUGAUAUUAAAUACUGCCAUCGACUCAAAUGAGAAAUUGAGUUUGAUUUAUUCUAUAUAUCGUCUUGGUUUGACAUAUCUUUUCUCGAAAGAUAUUGAUAGCCAACUUGAUAAGCUUUUCGACUAUCUUAAGGUGCAAAGUUACCAUGAUGCAGAUCUCUAUACAUUAUCUAUUCAUUUUAAGGUCUUUAGAAACUUUGGUUACAAAUUUUCUUGUGAUGUGUUCAACAAGUUCAAGGACUGCAGUUCGGGUGAAUUCAAGGAAGACAUUACUAUGGAUGUGAAGGGUCUGAUAAGUUUCUAUGAGAGUACCCAGUUAAGAAUAAGAGGAGAAUCUAUACUAGAUGAAGCCAUUGAAUUCACGGAAACUAGACUAAAAACCAUACAAAAAACACUCCAACCAGGUACCCUUGCACGACAAGUGAAACAUGUGUUGGAAGGACCGUAUAAUCGAGGGCAUCCAAUGUUAGAUGCAAGGCAGUAUCUGGUCAAUUUUGAAGAAGAAAUUUCAAGAUUUGACUCGUUACUAACGCUUGCAAAGGUGCAUUUCAACUACUUGCAACUCCUACAGAAAAACGAACUUGGAAUUAUUUCAAAAUGGUGGAAAGACACGGACUUACAAGUGAAAAUGCCAUAUGUAAGAGAUAGAGUACCUGAGCUCUAUGUAUGGAUAUUGGCAAUGUUCUUGAAGCCUUGUUACUCUCAAGCCCGAAUAAUAACAACAAAAAUUCUACUGUUAGUGUUGGUGUUACAUGACACAUAUGAUGCAUAUGCUACUCUUGAGGAGUCCCGACUUCUAACCAGUGCGAUAAAUAGGUGGGACAUGAUCAAUGCUAUGUCGCAACUUCCGGAAUAUAUAAAACCCUUUUAUGAAACUGUACUCAACGAAUAUGCUGAAUUUAACAAACUACAACCGCAACAAGGGACACUCACAUCAAAUAUCAUUGGCGCUUCAAAAAAAGCUUUUCAAGAGUUGGCCAGAAGCUACCAUCAAAGGGUUGAAUGGAGACAUGGUGAAGAGGUGCCAUCAUUUAAAGAGUAUAUGAAGAUUGGUUUAACUUGUUCUACAUAUGGUCUUCUUUGUAAGUCUGCGUUGAUCGGUAUGGGCAAAAUUGUCACACAAGAGGCUUUAGCUUGGUACGAAAGUUAUCCAAAGAUCAUAUCAGCAACGGAGUUAAUUGGAAGGAUCGAAGCUGAUGUCGCGUAUGUUAAGUUUAAGCAUGAAAGAGGUCCAUCAGCCACAAGUGUAGAUGCGUACAUGAAGGCUUUUAUGGUGUCGGAAAAUGUGGCUGUCGAGGCAGUUAAUAAAAUGGUUAAAAAUGCAUGGAACGAUUUAAACGAGGAGUGUCUAAAGCCAACAGAAGUCCCCAUGGAUCUACUUACUCCAAUUGUUAAUCUUGCUCGAAUGAAUAACGUGGUGUACAGGUACGACGAUGGGUUCACUUAUCCAGAAAAUACGUUUAAAGAAUAUAUUGCACUCUUGUUUUUUGUUCCAGUCCCUAUGUAACAUCUAGCGUGUUACUUGUUAAAUGGUGUGUAUCUUUCUUUAUGUAUUUUUUGUAUGCGUGAGGCGUUGAAUAUCUUCCUUUUCUUUGUGUAAUGAUAAAUAAUGAUGAUAUCCACUAUGACUACUAGAAUAAGUUGUAU